CGCUUAGAGGUGCAGCUUUAUUAUUGGUACCCAUAGCUGCCAUUAAGACUUUUUUCGGCUAAUUUUAUGCGCUGUAGACGGGGCGUCAAUGUGGGCGGAUACUCUUACAAGAUUUUGAUUGGUGCGGUCACAUCAUAGGCCUUGCUGUUUGAUAACAAGGCAAGACGAGGGGGCAACCGUUUUCAUUCAAUUUGUUAUCACGCCACAAGAAGCAAGCAAAGGAUCUUUAAAGUUGACGAAUACAUCUGAAACUCUCGAGUGGUACAGUACACAGUGAAGCAAGACAACGUUCCUCCAAGACCACGGUGCUAUAUUUAACAGACAAUCAACACAGGACUACAUAAGACAGUACACUGUUCUGCCUCUCCAUCCAGUGGCUUCCGAGGUGUUCGUGCUGUCAGGGUGAUGUCAACAGCCUGUCUCGCACGCUUGGCAAGAUGCAGUGGUCUUCACGUGGGUCGAGCCGGUCUUGUACAGAUGAGCGUAGUCCCCCUUCCAGUCCAGCAUGACAGCCACUUCCAGUUCAUUUUCCGCAAACCGUUCCACACCCCGUCAGAAACUCGGCACAGUAAUACACGCUUUGAUCCAGACAGCAGCGGCCGCCCCACUACCUGGGAUUCAUUUGGAAUCUGGGACAAUCGUAUCGAUGAGCCCAUCCUGCUGCCCCCCAGCAUUCGUUACGGCAAGCCCAUUCCCAAAGUUAGCCUAUCCAAGGUAGGCUGCGCCUCGCUCAUUGGUCAACGCAAGGACAAUGAAGACCGCUACCGCGUCUCCGAGCUGACCGACAGGGUGCUCUACUUUGCUGUGUUUGAUGGGCACGGUGGAUCGGAGGCAGCUGACUUCUGUGAAAAAUACAUGGAAAAAUAUAUCACGAACCUUCUUGCAGACGAGGAAAAUCUGGAAUUAGUUUUAACAAAAGCCUUCCUUGAAGUAGACAAAGCUCUAGCAAGGCAUUUGCACUUCUCUCCAAAUGCACCCGGGAUGAACGCAGGAACCACCGCCACCGUGGCCCUGCUGAGGGACGGCAUCGAGCUGGUGGUCGGCAGCGUGGGUGACAGUCGUGUCAUGUUGUGCCGCAAGGGCAAGGCCCUUAAACUCACUGUUGACCACACCCCUGAGAGAAAGGAUGAAAAAGACAGGAUAAAGAAGAGUGGGGGGUUUAUCACCUGGAAUAGCCUGGGGCAGCCAAAUGUCAAUGGCAGGUUGGCAAUGACGCGUAGCAUUGGAGACUUUGACCUGAAGAAGACGGGAGUCAUUGCUGAACCUGAGACCAAAAGAGUAACGUUGCACAAUGUCCAUGACUCAUUCCUGGCACUGACCACAGAUGGCAUUAACUUUAUUAUGAACAGCCAGGAGAUCUGCAAUGUCAUCAACCAGUGUCACGAACCCAAAGAGGCAGCACAGAGAAUAUCUGAGCAGGCUAUUCAGUAUGGUUCAGAGGACAACAGCACAAUCAUCGUGGUGCCGUUUGGUGCCUGGGGAAAGCACAAGAGUUCAGACACGAGUUUCUCUUUCAGCAGAAGCUUCGUGUCCAGUGGUCGCUGGGCAUAGGCUGCGGGACAUAGGAUGAAAGGACGAGGUCUGUUUAAGACUUUGUUAACAUGUGCAAUACAUUUGGCUUCCUGUAAAGAAACAUUGUAAAAAGUGUGUGGUUUGCCGAAAUAAUGACACCUAAUGGCUACAACAUUAAUUACAGUUGCAUGAUGUUUAUUGCCUGUGUGAACAAAGAGGCAGUGAAUUCAUGGGGGUAAAUCUCCCUUUAUACAAGGUUGUAUCUACUAGCAAGCCAAUGACCUCAUAGGUGCUAAAAGUGUGUGAGCAGCAGACGGGAAUGUGUGUUGGCUAAAUCUGUAGCCUGCUCUACAGAUUUAAUUCCUCACCACCUUCUGCCAUUCACACGUUGUUUUCUCAGUUUAGAUUCAUCACACCACAAUCUCACUCACAAUUUCAUUUUUAUUGUUAACCUACAUUUUUAAAGAAAAUGUAUCCCACCAGUUUUAAGAGCACAGGUUUUAAGUUUGGACCAUUUCUCCAUUUUAAUUUUGGGAGCAAGUGCAACAAAAGGAGUCAGGGUUGGGCAAUUGAACUACAGUGAUUGGUCAUCAGCUGCUGUGAAACCCACACCUUGGUUGAAGAACUGGUGUCACUGAUAAAGUCACUGACUGGGCCUUAAAAACUUUAUGGCAAAUUUAAAAUAUCUAAAUUAUAUAGCUUUCCUAUAAGAAUUGUUCUUGUACAUUUAGUUGCAAACCAACACUUUAAAAUUUCCUUUAUAUUUAAAGAAAAACAAAAUUUCUUAAAGAGCCGCAGAAGUUAUUGGAAGACUUGGACAAUCUUAAAAGAUGUAAAGGUUUUGAACAGAGCUGCCUGGACAGCAUUUUGGUGACUGAACUUGGUAUUUAUAUAGGAAUAAAAAUGAAAUUUUAUGUUUCUUUGCCAGGCUUGCUUGAUUUGCAACAGGUCCUUUAAAGGGGACUUAAGUGUUUGAGGUACUGAAUCAUACUGUUUCUGUUCUGUAAAUAAUCAUCUGUGUGAUAUGUACACCUGGAAAACUGGUCUCACCUAUAUUUUCUUCAUAUCUCAGCUACGUUUGGCACAUCAGAAUAUUCUACACAUGCAGGUCUUUAGACACGGACCUGUGGUGUGAGUAACCUGGGGUUAUUUUUGGUUUUCCACCGUUGUGUGUCAGUCAGACACAACAAAGCACACCUAAUGCAACACUAGAGAAUUGUUUAGCUAAGAGCCAUGUAUGACAAUGUGAAUGUUUGCUUAAACUGAAACAAUGUAACCAGUCUCUGUAGGCUAUAGGUGUGACUAAGCUGCUCAAGUCGUGUUGGCUGACCUUAUGUGAGUGGAUGUGUUUUCAGACUUAAUCCGUUGAGCUGGUGGUGUGAUCUUUUAUUUUGUCCUUGUUAAGGCUAAAGAAAUACAGCACGUCAUAUUUAUCAGCAUUAUUUUAUCUGUGAGUUCCUAAUGUUGUAUAAACUGUCAUCUUGUAAAUGUUCAUGUAAAUAUAUUUUCUCUCCCUUAUUCUUGUAUCUAACGGGACUUUGGAUAUUAUAAAGGCGCUUGUGUGUAUGAUUUUCAAAAUAGUUAACAAGCCUUCUGUCAGAGUUACUCUCUAACCUUGUGUUCAGUAUUUUACUGUACUUUGUUGCACUGCCUCUGAAAUAUAAUCAUUGUGGUGUUGGAUCUGCACCUGGGACCCAAAUGUGACCGUUUGAACGACACUGUUAGUACUGUACUCUUGGUCUAAACGGCUUGUGACACUUUCAAUAAAAAACGAUACAUUUAGAAACCGUU